AUAAAUCAUUUUGUAUUUUAAUAUAUUAAAAUGGCGGUCAUACUAUCCUUAAUGAGUUAUCCUUUGUUCUUUGCAGUUUGUGCAUUGUUUGCCGUUGCGAAUGGCGAUGGCAUUUCGCACACAUUUUCGGACCGUGCUAGCAAUUGCAUGGGUUAUUUAGCUCGCACUAGUAAUCAGCCUGAGCGUCGUUAUUCUGAGGAGAACACUUCCUUCCGUCAGCGCAACGUCCGUCGCAACAUCUAUGAAGUCGAUGCUCCUGCGAGUCGUGAGGAUGCUGUUGAUUACUUCACUCACGUUCUUUCCGCGACUUCCAACCCUGCUUUCUCCCCUGCUGAGAUUCCUCAAGGUCAGUUUAUGACUUUGACUAAGCAGGUUUCCACCUUGGGACCUUCUACAUGCACUGCUGAUUCCUUGAGGUCUAUUAUGGAGGCUGGUACUGACAUUUACCGUUUGAACUUUUCUCACGGCACUCGUCUAUUUAAAUUGCGUCUUACUCGUAUGAUUCGUCAGUUGGAGUUGGUCCGUUCAUCUGGUGAAGGUUCUGACUCCUUCAUGGUAUCACCUAAGGGUAUUUUGGGUGACAUUCAAGGACCCAAGUUGCGUAUUGGCCGUUUCAUGCCUAACGUCGAUGCUGUUGGCAAGGGCAUCGAGAGCAGUGCAGCUGAGUUUGUUGAGCUUAAGAAGGGUGACAAGUUUACUUUUGACACUCAUGACGUCAAGGGUUCUCAGACUCGCGUAAGGUUCAACUUCCCUGAUAUUUUGCGUGACUUGAAUGUUGGCAACACCAUUGCUAUGGAUGACGGUAACUUGAACUUGGAGGUUAUUUCUGUUGACAGGGAUGCUCCAUCUGUGACUGCUGUUGUUCUUAACGACGGUGUUCUUUCCAGUCGCAAGGGUUUCGCCGUUCCCAAUGUUGCUAUUACCGUUGACCUCUUCAGUGAGAAGGACGUCAAGGAUACUAUUUUCAGUUACGCUUUGGGUUUGGACUUCCUAGGUGUCAGUUUCGUUCAGCGUAUGACUGACAUCUUGUACCUAAAGAACAUCAUAUUGGACUUUGCUGGUAGUUCCUACAUGCAACCAUUGCUUGAUCGUAUUGAUGCCAUUGACAUGAACUCCAUUAACACUGAGGACGAGGACCCCGAGAUCGAGGCCAUUUUACAGGAGUACUACAUUGAACGUUUCUUGCCUGCCAAGCAGCACCUCAUGACUGCUCUUCCUCACCUUGAGAACGUUGGAAUCGCCAUUAUCCCUAAGAUUGAGAAACAGCCUGCUUUGGACGACAUCAACGGUAUUCUGGAGGUAUCAGACGGUAUGAUGAUUGCUCGUGGUGACCUCGGUGUAGAGACUGAAAUUACUAAUCUCCCAGUUAUCCAGAAGCGUUUGAUCCAACUAUGUCGUUUGGUAUACCACAAACCUGUGAUUGUUGCCACCCAAAUGUUGGAGAGCAUGAAGAGCAACCCCAAGCCAUCUCGUGCUGAGGCUACUGACUGUGCCAAUGCUGUUUACGACGGUGCUGACGCCGUUAUGCUUUCUGCUGAAUCAGCUACUGGUGCUUACCCUGCUCAUUCAGUUCGUACUCAGCGUCUAUUGUUGUACAAUGCUGAGAACGACCCUUACUUCAACGCUGAGCAGUUGUUGCGCGAGAGCUUGUUGAACGAGGACAUUAUGAGUAAAUUGAGUUCAAUUCGUCCUCGUGAGGUAGCUAAGAUCAUGUCAUUGGUUGAGUUGGACAUGCUCGCCACUCGUGAGUGGAAUAACCGUCACGCUUUGUUGCGUGAUGCAGCUAAUGAUGUUUCCAUGGUUAUUGCUUCUGAGGACGUCGACGCAUUGAUUGUCCACGUUGAUGACAAGCCUGAGUUGAUCCAGUGGAUUGCUACUAAACGUCACACCCUGCCAAUUGUGAUGUUGACUAGCAGGAUCGAGCUUGCCAGGCGUAUGUUGUUGACAUGGAGUGUCAAGCCACACAUGCUUCCAGAUGGCUCCGAUGCUGCCACGUAUGCUGAGGAAAUUGCUCCGUUGUACGUUGGCAAGGACUCUAAGGUGAUGUACAUCGAAUGCGAGGACAACAAGGUUCUAUCUAGUGUUGUGAUUGACUUGAAAAAAGGCAAUUGAAUAAAGAUGUAAAUUGAAC